GGUGACGUUUAAAAGAAGAAGUGCAAAUCAAGUGUGAGUGACAAAACUCUUGAAUAUUUUCCCAAUCAAAGCCAAAAAUUUAAUCCAACUUUGUACAAAAUACGAGGCAUAUCGUUACGUUUUAUCUCGAUACGGAUCUCACAGUAACCUCAACUUAAUCAACUAAUCGAUUUACCACCCAACACAAAAGAAAUGGGUAACAAAGCAGUGAAACAGCAUUUUGAAACUGCUCAAAAGACCGGCGUUCUAAAAAUAUCCCAACAACGGUUACAAGAAUUUCCGCCUCAUCUGCGUGCCUUUCCCAACGUUCUUCGCACACUUGAUCUAUCUGAAAAUCGAUUUGUCACGAUACCGGACAAAAUAGCGGAUUUCACGCUAUUGAAACAUUUAAAUUUGAACGACAAUCGAUUGGUAGAAUUGCCGGAAGCACUUGGUCUACUUGUCAAACUUGAGACUAUAAAUGCCAUAAAUAAUCUUAUCGUUAAAUUGCCCAAACAAUUAGCUAAUUUAGUCAAUUUGAAGCAAGUGCAUCUAAGCAACAAUCAAAUAGCCGAAUUUCCGACCAUGUUUUGCGGUCUCAAGCAUUUGGAUAUUUUAGAAUUGUCGCGAAACAAAAUCACAUCGAUACCGAGCGAUGUCAAAGACUUGCAAGUCACCGAACUGAAUGUGAAUCAAAAUCAAAUUUCGGUUAUUGCUGAGGAAUUGGCAGAUUGUCCCAAGUUGAAAAUAUUCCGGGCGGAGGAGAAUUGCCUACCGAUAACCGGCAUUCAUUCGCGCAUUUUAAAGGAAUCGAAAAUUUCGAAUAUUUACUUGGACGGGAAUAUGUUUCAAUCGAAGCAGUUUGUUGAUUUGGAUGGUUACGAGGAAUAUAUGGAACGGUACACGGCCGUGAAAAAGAAGAUGUUUUGAGAAAUCGUUUCUUUUUUGGAUUAAGUGGUUUUUUCUACACUUUUUGGUGUUUCCAAAAAUUUUCAACUUUAAAUAUUAUUUAUCCUGAAUUAAUGCAUGUGAAAUAUAAUUGUGAAUCGGAUCGAUUGAGUCGAUCGUUUUCAUUUUUUUUAAAAUAAUUUUAUCGCCAAUGCAAUUCAUCACAAAUUGUAAGCAACACGAAAAUAUAUUUGUUAA